AUGAAGCGUAGCAAGCAUCGUGCCUCCAAGGAUGAUGGCAAAGGUAAAGAUGAAGCGGCCAUUCUUGAGACCGAGGAUAUGAGGAUGCCAGACCCGGAUACCAUCUCACUAGCAUCAGUAACUGCUGUUACAACCAAUGUCUCCAAUAAGAGAUCAAAGCCUGACAUCAAGAUUGAACCUAGUGCUGGAAGACCAAUGGAUUUCCAAGUUAGUGUCACUGUAAUUGAGGCUAGACAGCUGGUGGGAUUGAACAUGGAUCCAGUGGUGUGUGUGGAAAUUGGCGAUGAUAAAAAAUACACUUCAAUGAAGGAGUCGACCAACUGCCCUUACUACAAUGAGUAUUUCGUUUUUGACUUCCACGUUCCUCCUGAUGUCAUGUUCGACAAGAUCCUGAAAGUGUCAGUUAUUCACUCUAAGAAUCUUUUGCGAAGUGGCACACUGGUUGGGAGCUUCAAGCUUGACGUGGGCACAAUAUAUACACAACCUGAACAUCAAUUCUUCCACAAAUGGGCCACUUUAUGUGAUCCCGAUGACAUCACUGCAGGAUGCAAAGGAUACGUCAAAUGUGACAUUGCAGUCGUUGCAAAGGGCGACACAAUCAAGACUCCACACAAAGCAAAUGAAAGCGAUGAGGAUGACAUUGAGGGUAACCUUCUGUUGCCGGAGGACGUCCCGGCCGAGCGCCAGUGGGCAAGAUUUUAUGUCAAAAUAUACAGAGCCGAGGGGUUACCCAAAAUGAACACCAGCAUCAUGGCAAAUGUCAAAAAAGCUUUCAUUGGAGAAAAUAAGGACUUGGUGGAUCCUUAUGUCCAGGUGCAGUUUGCAGGACAGAAGGGGAAAACUUCUAUUCAGAAGAGCAGCUAUGAGCCCAUCUGGAACGAGCAGAUCGUUUUCACCGAGCAGUUUCCGCCUCUAUGCGGGAGGAUGAAACUCCAGAUCCGAGAUUCAGAUAAAGUGAACGACGUGGCGAUCGGAACGCACUUCAUUGACCUCCGGAAGAUUGCUAAUGAUGGAGACAAAGGCUUUCUUCCGACUCUGGGCCCGGCUUGGGUCAACAUGUACGGUUCCACACGCAGUUACACGAUCAUGGACGAGUACCAGGACCUGAAUGAAGGGCAAGGGGAGGGGGUUUCGUUCCGGGCUCGUCUGUUGAUAAGCCUGGCCGUGGAGAUACUGGACACCUCGUCUCCUGAAGUAAUGAGCUCCACCGAGGUACAGGUGGAGGGGAUACCCAACAUCUCAGAUAAUGCCACAGGAAAAAUCGAGGAAUUCUUUCUCUUCGGAUGUUUCCUUGAGGCCACUAUGAUUGACAGGAAGAUUGGAGACAAACCCAUCAACUUCGAGGUUACAAUAGGAAACUACGGCAGUGACCUUGACACUCCAACCAGGCCAAAAUCAAAGAAGAAGAAGGGUGGAGAUGGGGAUGAAGAGUCUGAGCUCAUCAACGGCUCCAGCGAUGAGGAGGAUGAUGAUGGUGGAGACAUAUCAUCAGUUUCCUCCACCCCUCCAAUGAAGCCAGUCAUCACUGACAGAAACUAUUUCCACCUCCCAUACUUUGAGAGGAAGCCCUGCAUCUUUAUCAAGAGCUGGUGGCAGGACCAAAGACGACGACUUUAUAAUGCCAACAUUAUGGACAACAUUGCAGACAAGCUGGAGGAAGGGUUAAACGAUGUGCAGGAGAUCAUUAAGACGGAGAAGGCUUAUCCCGAGCGCAGACUCAGAGGAGUCCUGGAGGAGCUCAGCAAUAGCUGCAGUACCUUUGUAACUUUGGCAAACAAUGACCAGAAUCAGGCCGGGAAGACGAAAUUGGACCGGGAGAGGGUCAAAUUAUGCAUGCAGGAGCUGGAAAACAUGAGCCAGCAAGCAAAGACCAUGCGGUCACAAGUUAAGAAAAGCAACGUGAAAGACAAGAUAAAACUGGCACAAAACUUCCUCCACAAGCUGAGGUUCCUGUCUGAUGAGCCACAACAUAGCGUUCCAGAUAUUUACAUAUGGAUGAUAAGCAACAACAAGCGCAUUGCAUACGCCCGCGUCCCCUCCAAAGACAUCCUCUUCUCUCCAGUCGAGGAAGAAACCGGAAAGGACUGUGGGAAGGUCCAGACGAUAUUUUUUAAGCUUCCUGGUAAGAAAAGCUUUGGGCCUGCGGGCUGGACGGUUCAGGCUAAGACUGAGCUGUACCUGUGGCUCGGCCUGAGCCGGCAGCGGAAGGACUACCUGAGCGGACUGCCGAACGGCUUCGAGGAGAACAUGGCGGUGAAAGCGCCUGGCGCCCAGUCCCUGCCGCCCACCAGCCUGGUGUACUCCAUGAAGCAGAUCUUCCAGCUGAGGAUUCACAUGUAUCAGGCCAGGAGUCUAUUUGCGGCCGACAGCACAGGCCUGUCUGACCCGUUCGCCAGGGUUUUCUUCUCUACUCACAGUCAAGUCACAGAGGUCCUGAAUGAGACGUUGUGUCCUACAUGGGAUCAGCUGCUGGUGUUUGAUAAUGUGGAGCUCUACGGCGAGGCCGGCGAACUGAGAGACGAUCCUCCUAUAAUCGUCAUCGAGAUCUAUGACCAGGACACUGUCGGGAAAGCCGAUUUCAUGGGUAGGACAUUCGCUAAACCCAUAACCAAGAUGUCAGAUGAGCAUUACGGGCCGCCGCGCUUCCCUCCUCAGCUGGAGUAUUACCAGAUCUACCGGGGAAACUGCACUGCGGGAGAGAUGCUCGCCGCCUUCGAACUGCUACAGAUUGGACCCGCUGGAAAGGCCGACCUGCCUCCAAUAGACGGACCUACAGAUAUCGAUCGCGGUCCAAUCCUGCCUGUUCCUAUCGGCAUAAGACCCGUCUUGAGUAAAUACCGAAUUGAGGUUUUGUUCUGGGGCCUGCGGGACUUGAAGCGGGUGAACCUGGCCCAAGUUGACCGCCCCCGCGUGGACAUCGAGUGUGCGGGGAAAGGCAUUCAGUCAGCGCUAAUUCAGAACUACAAGAAGAAUCCCAACUUCGGCACUCUGGUCAAAUGGUUUGAAGUGGACCUUCCUGAGAACGAGCUUCUCCAUCCCCCUCUGAACAUUCGGGUGGUGGACUGCCGGGCGUUUGGGCGCUACACGCUAGUCGGCUCUCACGCCGUCACAUCUCUACGCAAGUUCAUUUACAGGCCGGCGGACAAGAGUGUCAAUAACUGGUCUGCUAUGGAGGAGGUCGUGAUCCACACAGAGCCAGAACCAUCCAUAAAGAAGACCGAGACCGUGGUCAAACUUGACUCAGCAUCUGAUGCUGUGGUUAAAGUUGAUAUGCCAGAUGAUGACAAAGGUGGGAAAGGGAAAAAGAAGCGGAAGAAGGGGGAAGAGGUUGAAGAGGAGGAACUGGAUGAAAGCAUGCUGGAUUGGUGGUCCAAAUACUUUGCCUCGAUCGAGACACUGAAAGAGGUCCUUAAAGCACAAGAAUCAGAAGCUGAGGAAAAGGAAGAUUUUGACUCUGGAGAGGGGGGAGGGACCAAGAAGAAGAGAGGAAAGGGAAACAAGAACAAAGGCAUGACUGGAGAGGGCGGACCAGAGAAGAAGAAGCAUAAAAUAGAAGAGCUGAAGGUGUACAACAGAGAGCUUGAAUACGAGUACGGCACCUUUGAAGACUGGCUUCACACCUUUAACUUGUAUCGCGGGAAGUGUUCUGAUGAUGCUGAUGUUGAGCAGAAUGCAGCAGAUGAAGACAGACUUAUUGGCAAAUUCAAGGUUUGUCGUCAACCAUUACCCAAUUGCCAUCUUUCCUCUUGCUUCUGA